UCAGGAAACAUGGAAGUAAGUAAGCAGUGGUGUAGCUCCUGUGGAAGACAGUAACAUCCUGCCUCUUUCCUGGCUGACUCGUAGGUACCAGAGAUGCACUCGUAUCCUCCCUGUUCAGUUCCUUUCACCAGUGCAAGCCGUGAUGCUGAGGAAGGUUGCCAGGUCUGCAGUGCUGCUGGCCAAAGUCCUCAGUUCACACAGCCAUCUUAGGUAGCAGCAAGGGAGUGUACCUGUGUCCUCUGCCCAGCCAGUGCCUCUGCUCUGACCUUUGGGGUCUCGCACUGGUGGCUUCCUUCUUGAUUUUCAGUCUUUCCUCUCAGAACAUCACCAGCAGAGCCACUGGCACCUCGUGUUUUAUGAGGGGCCAUGCUCUAGUCCACAGUUCAGUUCCAAAGGACCUUUCUGCAUUAGAGCCUGCAGUGGAUCAAACUGGUGGAAGGUCUUAGGAUUCCUUUUGUUUCUUCUCUGAACCUCAGUGUUGUGCUAGAGAUGUCCUUCCUCCAUUUCAUCACAUCACGAGCUCUUCUAUAAGCCAGGAAUUCCAGUAAUAUGAAGAUAACUAGAAAUUAUUUCAAAUUUGGACCAUCUGUGCUGGCUGGGCCCAAUGUCCUCUCGCAUUAUUGAGCAGGUGGAAGGGAAUUGCGAGGUAGGGGGGACACAUAACUGGUACCAUAAGGCCACUGGUAUUGUGAUACCUGCCAUGUGCGGCGGACCACAAUGCCAGGAGCAUUGUGCAGCAUAGCAGGGUCCAAAUCCUUUGAGCUGUCUCGGUGCGGUUACUCUGUCUCACUCCAGCUGGCUGCCUUUUCAUGAAGAUAGCACUGUUGUCUGGCGCGUUCUGCAGCUGGCAGGUGGGAAAGAUGAUUUUCUCUUCCACAACUUUCUACCUCCUCUAGGUUCAGAGCAAAAGGUAAAGCCAGUGUCUUUGGAAUGCCCUGCAUUGGAGUGUGAUGAUACCUUCAGCCAUACCAUACUCUCUUUAAUCAUGCUUCUUCCAUGCUAAUGAAUAAUUAACUGCUGUGUGCAUAUGCACAGACACGCUGGUCAUGGGCAUCUCUGCAGGGUCGUCCUGACCUGCAGAUGAUCGUAGGGAGCUGCUUACCUCAGCACACAAUCUUUUGGCCUCUCUGCUGGUCUGUUAUCUCUUUGGCCACCAGCUGACCAAAGCUAAUGUCUCCAUGACCUGCAUUGGCAAUAAGCGAACGUCGAUCGCUCCCCAGCCUUCUCGAAGCAUGAGCGUGCAAACAGAUUGAGGUGAUCUAGGUGUGAAUUUGCAGCAAGUCAGCUCCCACACUGUAACUCCCCCAAGAGGCUGUGGCCGCACCAACUCUCUUGGAGCCCCAGGUGGGUCCCCACCCCUUGCUGAGUGCCUCAGGUGAAGAAGGAUGCGGUGCUGGCUGCAAACGCUUUUCCAAAGGAAAUUUAAAGUCAGGCUCCUCUUUCUCCUGCUCUUGGCCUUCCUGGCACACCUGGUGAUAGAUUUGGCUCUCCCUGCAGCCCACAGGCCCUGCGGCUGUGACGCAAAAGCAGCUAAAGCCUCGGGUGUCCCAUCAGGCAGCUCUGUGCUUGCUGGCCCCAAAAAGCUGAGCUUGCGAAUCCUUCAGGAUUUCAGUGGCAGCAACGGCUCCUUGGAGAAAAGCUCCCAGCCGCAGGGAGCAGGGCCGCACGCAAGGGCUGGACAGCCGGGGGUCUGGCACCAGCACGGAGAGGCAAAUGCAGGGAGGACCAAGGGAUCAAAGCUGGCGGCGCUCUUCGAGCAUCCUCUUUACAACAUCCCAAUCCCGGAGGUGACAGAGAAAGACAAGCUGUUUGUCGUCAACCCCAUGGAGAAGUUCACCCUGCGCAGCAGUGGGAGCGAUGAAUGGGUCAGCAGCAGUAAAGCCGAGACGCUCCUCCCGACAGGGAAGACAGCCUACGACACCUACCCCACCUGGCUCAAAUUCCACGUUGGCAUCAACCGCUAUGAGCUGUACCCACGCCGGGACCCCCUGAUGCCCACCCUUCUCCAGGACUUGGCCAUGCAGAGGAUCGUCAGCUCCGUCCAGAAAUCCGGUGGGACCCAGCUCAAGCUCAUCAUGACGUUCCCGAAUUACGGGCAGGCCCUCUUUAAGCCCAUGAAGCAGACCCGGGACCAGGAGACUCCCAUCGACUUCUUCUACUUCUCGGACUUUGAGCGGCACAACGCGGAGAUUGCAGCCUUCCAUCUGGACAGGAUCCUUGAUUUCCGGCGAAUCCCCCCGGUUUCUGGCCGUUUGGUCAAUAUAACGAAGGAGAUUCGUGACAUCACCACAGACAAGAAACUGGCCAAGACUUUCUUCAUCUCCCCAGCGGGCAACGUCUGCUUCUACGGGGAGUGCUCCUACUACUGCUCCACCGAGCACGCCCUCUGCGGCAAGCCGGACCGACUGGAGGGCUCCAUGGCCGCCCUGCUGCCUGACAAGACCUUGGCCAAGCGCCGCUCCUGGCGCAGCCCCUGGCGCCGCUCCUACCACAAGAGCAAGAAGGCUGAGUGGGAGCUGAACCCCAAUUACUGCGCUCAGGUGCGAGAGACGCCGCCCUACGACAGGGGCCAUCGCCUCCUCGACCUCAUCGACAUGACGGUCCUUGAUUUCCUUAUGGGCAACAUGGACCGGCACCACUACGAGACCUUUGAGAAAUUUGGGAAUGACACUUUCCUGCUUCACCUGGACAACGGCCGCGGCUUUGGCACACACUCACGCGAUGAACCAUCCAUCCUGGCCCCCCUAAGGCAAUGCUGCAGCAUCAAGAAAUCGACCUACCUGCGGCUGCAGCUGCUGGCCACCCAGCCCUACCGCCUGAGCGACCUGCUGCGGGAGGCGCUGGCCACCGACCCCUUGGCCCCGGUCCUGGCCGAGCCCCACCUGCGGGCACUGGACCGUCGCCUGGGGAAGGUGCUGGCGGUGGUGGGACACUGCCUGGCCGGGGCGGCCCACCUGGACGAGGUGCUGGUGGAUGAUGUGGGGUCACAGGUGUGACGGGGGGCUCAGUACCCCACUGGGUUGGGGUGUUUUGGCAUGCUGCCAGGGGCGAUAUGGUCAUCAGCGUGCAGCUCUGACUCUGUGUAGCAUCAGCUUUCGGUGACGCCGGAGCAAGCGGCGUGAUGCACCAGGAAAGUGGACUGUAAGGAUAGAUGGGGUGGGGAGGGUAUUUAAAUAAAAAGGUUGGCCUAGUGGAGAAGACACGAGCUGAGAUCUCCCCCACUGGGGCUGCUUUCCCAGCCCUGACCUGUCCCUGCAUGCCUGGACGUGUCACUUCAGCCCUCCAAAGCCUUUUAGGAAAGGUUUGGCAUUUUUCCUGGCUUUCCCUAGCAAGAGCUGCCAAACUUGAGCAGUUGGCAAGCUCCUUCUGCCACCCCCACCCCUGCCCCCAGCAUGGCAAUGCUCUGGUGAUACCCAGAAAAAGAGCUGAGUGUCUCCGCUGCUGCUGUGGGGAAACUGAGGCACAAGUUCCUGGCCACUUGCUGCUUAUCCCUGUCCCGCUCUUGUCCCGCUCUUCCAAUGCCCACCCAAAAACCUGGCAUCGACAUCGUCGCCUCCGCUGCUGCGCUGGGGGUGCAGCAAGGGGGGGACAAGCCUCACUCCCUCCCCAGCAUCUGCCAAAACCCCCUGAGAACUGCUGCCAGCUCCCUCCCUGCCCGAAAAAGUGGCUCUUAGGAGGGGAUGGAUUGACCCGGGGACGUGCACCCUAUUUAGUGCCUGGUGGCUCAGCACCCAGCUUAUCCCCUGAGCCUCCCGGGGGGGUUAAUCCGCGGCAGGGUUACAUCAGCUGGGGCAGGUGCCAUUGCUACGGCCACCACCAGUGUCCCCAGGACAGGGCACAGGGUUGGCAUCGGCGUGGCCAGAGAUAAAGGUGCCGUGGGGGAGGAGAGCUGUCCUCCGGCCUGGCCGGUCACCCACGGAGCAAUGGGAAGCCACAGAAAAGGGGGAAAAAGGGCAGCUGCCGCAGUGGGAGACGGAUCUGCCCCGGAAAAGCCAGGCAGAGAUUUAGGCCAGAAUAAAAAAUGGGCUCGAAAGGGAGGAAAAAAAAGAAAGGGAGACAAAGAGGAUCUGUCUGUGUUACACAACGGGACCGGGGACUCUGAAUCAGGGUUUGUUGCAGCGUGCCCCCCCGAUGCUGCCGCACGCCCUCCUGUUCUGCCCCGGCUUGCGUACCAAACCCCGGCGCGGGGAGGAAAAGGUUUCAGGGCUGUUUUGCAACAGGUUGCUCCCCUUCUGCAGGCUUCGUAAUUUUUAACCCUUUCUAGAAAUGCCUUUUCGACACCGUACCAAAAGCCGGCGGGGCUGCUCCCGCCCUGUGCCCCACGGACGUGGCCCCACAACUGUCUCUGGAUACAGGCGGCCGGUUUCCCCCUCGCCGAGCCCCCCCCCCCCCGGCAAAUCUUCUUCUGAGGCGCCCUCAGAUUUAGAAGCCGGGGCGUGGGAGGGCGGCUGUUUUCUCAGCCCAGCGAGUUUGCACAAGGUCCUGGCUGCAACGCCGCGCGUUCAAGGUCCCACGGGAGCAGCCAGUCUUGGCUCGCACCCCCCCUGCCGAGCCGGCCCUGCCGCUUGUGGGGGGAGAGGGAUGGUAACGGGGUGUCUGAGGCUACGGGCCCGGGGAGCAGCAGAACCUGCCAGCCCGGUCGAGGCGGCGUGGGCGCACGGGCGUCGAGCGGGGCUGCCCGUGCCGCGGGGACAGGUUUGGCCGUACCGUCGUGCCGCAUGGUGUGUGGGGGUACCGGCUAUUUUGCACCCCACCGAGACUCCAAACUGGCCACCCCAGCAAAACCCAAAUUGGGCCGGGGCGCAGCCCUGCACCUGGGAGCCCCUAUUUUGGGCUGGCGUCACCCAUGGGACCUGUAAGGAGCCUGGCUGUGCCUGGCAGCGUGGGCUGCCUGUGACCCCCAUGGGCAUGGGAGUGGGUGGGUGGGGAGCCCCCCGGGG